AUGCCGAAGUAAGUAAUGAAGAAACUCCGACUUACAAACAUGGAAUGCUUAGGUUGGCAGAUAGAGGAAAACAUGGAAAAAGGAAAAAACAAAUACUCGUUCAACAUGGUAACGGUUUCCUUGGACUAUUACUAAGUCCUAUUUUGGAAAGCCUGGCUGAACUUGUGUAAAAGCCUUGUGACUACAAUUUAUACAUCAUUUCAACAAUGAACUUCGACAUCAAGCGAUAUUUUAACUUGGAAUCCUCAUGGGGAGAUUGUUUACCAUGGAAGGGAAAUUCCAGAUACUAACAUCGACAACCUUUUACAAUACAACUCGCACUUUUACCAUACAACUCUCACAUUCCUGAACCACAAGGGCUCGAGCUGUUUACGAAGGGCAUAACAGAAGUAUGAAUUAAUAAUUGUCAAAAUCAAUUAUUGUCAGAAUAAAUCAAUUAUUGUCAAAAAUGGCAAAGGAGGAAUAUGAAAUGCAGCAAUCUGAGAGUGAUGUUGAAAGCGAGUCUGGUGAAGCAUAGUUAAUAGAGGACAGGGUUUGGAAGGCCGGCAAACUUCAAAGGCUUUCGAGCUAAUUAAUUUCAGAUGUUGGAAAGGUACGUCACGUGACAUUUCGGGUGCAUCAAAUUCAGAAAUUACUAUAGCGUAGUAUUACAGAAAUAUGAUAUUGUGCUUAUAAAUUUUAAAAUAGGGCAUUGUUGUUCUUGUUAUGGCUUCGACAAGUUCGGCAUACGAUUCAGAAAGCAAAAUUCACCCAAUUCUGGGUGCUGGAGACGCAGAUACAACGACGGAGGCGAUUUUCAUCAAACUAUUUAGCUGCUGCAAAUCAACGCGGAUGAAUUAACUGAAGAAAUAUCGCGUUCAGUUGAAGAAGUAAGUCGUUUAUACUGUGUCCAAUUAAACAAAUAUGUAGUGAGAUAUGUAUUUGACUUAUAUUUGUCGUUUAGAUUGAAGGAUUAAAGCAAUUCCCGUGCGAAUAUCGACGCAGUAUUAUAAAGCACUCGACAAAUUCUACAGCUAGUACUGCCAAUUAGGCCAAUGGAAGUGAGGUAUCAGUUUACCGUCACCUAAAAUUUCAAAAGUUGAUGCGGAUUUUUUUCAUUAUUCAUCAUUUUUCACGAUUUGAAUUUGUCAAAUUUUGAGCUAAAAAUCUGAAUUUUGACCGAAAAAAAUCCAAGAAAAUUUUGACGAUUCUUGAGCUUUUUGGCAGUUUUUGCUAGCUUCCAAGCUUGGCUUCGCUACGCAGGCUAUGGCUUCGCUAACUGUAUAAACAAAGUCAGUAUUUGCCAAUAAUUUCAACAGAAAGCCAUUUUUGAAACACUUCGUAUACAAAUUUGACAAAUAAUGAAAAAAUCACGAAAUAAUGAAAAAUUUCACGCGGGUGCCUAAAACAGACGCGCGCGGGUGACGGUAAACUGAUACCUCACUUCCAUUGGCCUUAUGUACGGCAGUACGAGUCAAAUAAUUUCAUACCCAACUGUCAGAACUGAACUUUGUUACAUGCGCUGCCACAGAAACAAGAUGUACGGAAUCACAGGUUCAAUAAAUAAAUGUAUAACAAUUCCACUCUAUACAAAUCCCUUUAACAAUAAAUUACUCCAGCUAUAGACUAAAUUUUGAUCUAGGCAAGAAGAACAAAAUCCAUCACCACAGCUAGAAAGAGCAUGUUAAAAUUAGUAAAAUUGCAAAGUUUGGCCACGAAAUGUUGUAAUAUACUGAAAAUAUAGCCCUGCGAAAUUUGCAAAUUUUGUAUUAAUUUGUAUUACUCGCGGAAAAAUGCUCCACAUGUGGGCCGAAAGUGCGUAAUACAAAUUAAUACAAAAUUUGCAAAUUUCGCAGGGAUAUAUUUUCCGCAUUUUACAACAUUUCGCGGCAAAGUUUGCAAUUUUACUAAUUUUAAAAUGCUCUUUUUGGCUGUGGUGAUGGAUUUUGUUCUUGCCUAGAUCUAAAUUUAGUCUAUAGGUGGAAUAAUUUAUUAGCUAUAUCGAGUAAGAUGCCCAAAAUUGUGAUUUUGAAAAAGAUGACCCUGGAUCAAACAUGAUUAAUUUUCAAAACCUACAUUUUGUUUUAGUGAAACUCAUCCAUCGUCAUUUAAGCUGGAGAUAUUUAUCAGAAACCUAAAUAAAUCCCAGGCUGUAACAUUUGACAAGCUUGGCAUGUGAGUAGUAUGCAAUUUAUUUGAAAUUAAUCUGAUUAAUUUAUCUCUGGAAAUGGAUAGUAACAUUGACAAUUUAUAUUUUCAUUGUCUUUCCUAGUUUGGAUUAUCAUGAAGUAAUCAACUUCAAUUUGACCACCCAGUCUGAGGUAACUUUUUGUCACAAGUCUUGUCUGGAGUCUGAAAAAUUGCUUAACCCGGCCAUUAAGCGCCAGCGCUCUCCCCUUGACGAGUAAAAUCAUCAGAGUAAAAUAAUAAAGUUGGGUGCAAUGCGACUCAAUGAGUUAACUAGACACAUGAGCAGAUAGGUCAGUUAACUCAUUAAGCGCCAGCUCUCUCCCCUUGACGAGUAAAAUUGUCUGGCGUUAGAUGGAGUAAAAGCGCAUCAGGGUUAUAUUAAUGCGACUUGAUGGGUUAAAUUAAUCAUGCACUUGUGUUAAUGCACAAAAAAUAAUUGUUAAAAUUUAUUAUAUUUUACGAGAGCUGAUAGUAUACAUACAUAUAUUUGCGAGAACAGUAUACAUAGUUGAGGUGUGCAAAUCAGAUCCGAAACCAAUCCGAAUCCAAAUCCGAUCUGAUUCGUUCGGAUUUCGGAACCAAAAUAUUCAUUUCAGAUCGGAUCGGAUUGAUAAAGUUGUUUCGUAGUCAGAUCGGAUCAGAUCGGACUUCGAUAUCCGAAAUAAAAUGAAUUAAUUAUCCACGCAUUAUCGCAUGAAUUAAUUAUCCAUGCAUUUAUCAAAGCAUCAUCACAGUUGUUGCUCUAUUAUUCAUUUGAUACUUCAAUUGGACAUCACUUUGUCAACUUCUUGACAUGUAUUUCUUGCUUUUAUAUUUAUUUGGUUAAAUAUUUCAACUUGAAUGAGAAAUUUAUUUUAUUAAAGAAUUCUUCGGAUCGGAUCGAAUUGGAAUUCUUUUUCAAAACUCGGAUCAGAUCGGAUUCGGAUUAGAAAUUUCGGAUCGGAUUUUAAACAUUAGGCAAUUGUCGGAUUAUAAACGUCCAAUCCGAUCCGAUGCACACCUCUAAUACAUAGCCAUGCAGUAUACUACAUAGCCAUGCAGUAUAUAUUUUGCAGUAAUACUACAUAGCCAUACAUAUUUAUACAUGCAGUAUAUAUUUGCGAGAGCUGAUAGUAUACAUGUGCCCAUGCAGUCAAUUAUAGUAUUAAAUUGUGUGCAUACAAAAUGAAAUCAAUUAAGUUCAUUAAAAAUAUGCUCAUUUUUCAGGGUUUUAAAUGAAAAAGCAACCAAAUUUUACAGUCUAAGUUGAAUUCUAUUCAAAACUUUGAAGUCUUGUUUCUUCUUUAAAAAUAGUCAGCAACAGACGUAGUUGUUCUUCGUGGUUGGUACACAAAACUGACAGUAUGUCUGUAUGGUUUCUUCACCAACAUACAAGAAGUACCACCAACCAUGCCCACUGUAGAACCACAGGAGAAACUGGUAGAAGUAAGAACUGGUCCUGUCAAUACACCUGAAGGUUCGUCAACUUUUUUCGUUAGUAAUUAAGUUCACCUAAUGUCAAAUUUGCACUUUGAUCUAUCAUUGAAGUACUGUAAUAAUGUAAUACCAUCAAUCCCAUUCGUUUCUACAGAAGCUGUUGAAGUGAGGAAGGACACUGAGUCCUCUACUGUUGAAGUGAGAACAGACGAGAGAGCAAAGAAAGACGAUAAUACGAAAUCUCCAGCCAAGCCAGCUGCAGCAUCUGAACAAACCGAACAGAAAGAAACAACACCAAAGGGAGAAAAAGAACAAGAUGAAAAGGUUAGAAAUGUUCAAGCAAUGGUCUAAAAUCCUGAUGUUAGAAAUUUUGUAAUAUCCACUCGGAAUACAAGUCAUUCACAGUUUGGUAUCCAGAACCAAAUUUUGGUAUCCUGUGCAUAUCGGAAUACUGCAAAUUUCGACCCUGUUCAAGACUCUAAGCAUGCUCUGCCUGAGUGUCCGAGUUGAUUCUUGCGAUUAUUUAUAAGUAAUACCAUGAUAUGAGGGAAAUUAGCGAUUGGGUAUCCCCGAAAGCAGUUCUGCAAACCUCCCAAGGGCGAAAGACAUUCGACCACUAAUUUCCCGACACACCAUGGUGUUAGGUUGCGAUACCGCGAUCGAGUUUACACUUAGAAAUGGACACACAUGCCCUACUUGCAAUCAGCGAAUUUAAGCUACCGGUAAGACAUUUGCUUCUUUGCUUGUGGGAUGUAAAAACUAGUUGCACAUGCUUGCAAAGAAGUGCUUCUUACGCUUUAAUUGGUUACACAUGCGCAAUAUAUCAUUUAACGUACCACAACAAAAACAGUAAAUAUAUUUGUGUAAAAUCAUUUGUGUAAAAUCGCGAAUUUAGAGACCAAAUUCCCGCUCAAAGGAACAGAAUCCCAUCCAGUUGUGGUAUCACUCAUCAUAACUUCAUAGUGAUUAACCCAUUCAGCUGCAGAACUUCCCCAUUGACGAGUAAAAUCGUCUGGCGUUAGACAAGUAAAAAAAAUAAGAAGGGCGCACUGGGCGCAUUACGGCUGAAUGAGUUAAGAUAUUGUCAUAUUUUUUGGUUAACCCAUUAAGCUGCAGAGCUUCCCCAUUGACGAGUAAAAUCGCUUGGCGUUAGACAAGAAAAAAAAAUAAGUAGGAGAUACUUACUGUAGGUCUGAUGUUAAUGUGAGAAAACUGGGAUAACUGCUGCCGGUGUGACCCUCCUAUAAAAAAGCACAGCGUUUCCCUAAGCACUGUACUUCUGUAUAUUUGAGGAACAAUUCCACCGAAUUAAACCAAAAAUGCGUAUUCUCUAGGAUGAAGACGAUGAAGCUCCCAAAGGAUCUCCAGAACCUGUUGAUGAUCUGUUUGAACCUCUCACUCCAGACAAAUCACCAACUGAUCUCUUCAUGUCAGAUGAAGAAGAUUUAGAACAAGUAUGUGCCAGGAUUGAUUCCCUGCCCAAUAAGUACUUUAUAGGCCAAAUCAUUGAUGUACUAUAGCCUCUCCUUUUAUUUACAGUUGGAUUUAAUCUGCAGCCCUAUUUGUUAAGAGCCAAUUUUUUUCUAUGCUGCGUACGUAUGAAAUGCGUUUUAAACCAAAAAUCGUUUUGGCGUGCCUCUCAAAAUUGCUUUGUUUUAGCCUUUUUCUCUAGUUUAUACAGUUAGCUACCUUUUGAAAUGUAUUUGCCGUUUGAGAAAAAUAAAAUAAUAGGAAAAAUUUGUUAAAAUAAGUAUAGUUGAAAUAAAAGUGUUAAUUAAAUAAGUGAUUAAUUAGGAUCGCUGGUAAUAUUUCAUGUUGGCUAUUCUUUCACGACUUGUAAUAUUAUAUUUUUUCAGGAUGGUUAUGAAGCAAUUCUUAGUGAUGAAGAGGUACAUUGUCGUUAUUUUAACCUGUGAUAGACGCUUUUCCCACAUAGGCGUGGUGUACUGAUGUAUGUCGCGAGUUUUCUGAUUUGAUUGUGGCAUUCUUUGAAAAAUUCAGUCAUGACGAACGGUUACACACUUGAAAAUUCUGAUGAUGCGCACGGACAACUGUUGUUUCAGAUUACCUAAAUUUUUGUGAUCAUACCCAAGCUUGGAAUAUCCCCAAAACCCUCCAUGGCAAUGACGGCAAAAACUGCCGUAAUGCACGGCGACCCUUUACGACAAUUUUCGCCAAUCCUAUGACAUUUUUCAUGUGUAUAAGAUAGAUUAACUCUAACACUUAUAAUUGUCUGAUUUUUUUUAGAUUAUGGAUGAUGAACAUCCUUAUGACGAUACAGUUAGUUUUUGGUUUGGUUGGUUUUUUUUGCCUUUUGUUUAGCAAGUUCAAAGCAGUGCACUAGAGAAAAUAGUGAAAAACGUAUAUUAUAUUCCAUGGUAUGGAUUAUGGAAAUUGGAUUUCCAUACUGUUGCUCUUUUGCAAUCGACGCCAUGUUGGUUGAUUUUCAAAAUACACGUGUAUAAAAUGUCUUCAUUCUUUGUCGUAUUGAGCCAAAGACCAUAAAGUAUCCAUAAUACAGUAACAUGUUUUCAAAACAAACCAGAAAAUGUUAAAUUAACUCAACUACUUCGCUGUAAACGGCUUAACGAAAGUUUAAAAUCAACCAAGAUGGCGCCUAAGACUCGUAGUGACGUCAUGUGCCUAUUUCCAUCGUAAGAAUUUUGAAAAAAAAUUUCAGUGGUGAGCUCUCUCUCUCUCUCUCUCUAUAUAUAUAUAUAUAUAUAUACAGGGUGUCUAAAAAAAAACGCUAUGGAAAUUCAACAGGCUGUUGUGCAUCACAAACUUAGCUAAACAAUUCAGUUUUUACAUAGGACGAAAGAGCUGUUAUUUAGCUUUUCUAUGAUACCUUUCUCAAACCGUAAAGAUGAGAAAUGGCCACAUACUCGUCAAAUAAAAAUUGUCGGUCGAAAUCACAUUCUUCCACCGUUGGGAAUUGAAAAUACAUUAAUUAUGCAAAGUUAAAUAAUCAAUUCAAAAGCAACGCGAGCUUGCUGCAAGGUAUUUGUUUCGUAAAACGUUUUGACUACGAAUGUUCUCUGUUCAGUGGUUAAUUGAACCAUGUUUAAUGCAAUAAUGGACGUGCUUAUUGUUUCACUAAGACGAAGAUUGACGAGUUGAGCUCAUUUUAGAUAAUUUAGCAAGAUCAGCAAACUUAAUGUUUUUAACAUUUUAAAACAUUUUUAUCAGUGUUAAAAACAUUAAGUUUGCUGAUGUUGAAUUAUGCCUAAUUGAUUUUCCUAGUUACAGUAGUUUUUUCAAUUAAAAGGGCCGAAAUGCGCCUUAAAAACCAUCAUUCAAAAGGCUGAACUGUGCCUUUAAGAACAAUGUUGUUGAAAUGAAUCAAUAUUUUAGGAUGUAUUGGACUUUCAGUUGUAUGCAGAGGAUACGUGGAUGUCUGUGUCAGUUAGUUUCAAUCCUUAUCAAUGUGACCUUUCAAAACUCACGGUACGUUGUAAUGGUAUAUUUUCUAUGCUGACAAGCAACAAAUGGUAGAAGUGCUGAAAUAUUUUUUUCUUUUUGCAGUCGUUCCCAUCUGUGGAUUCAGGUAAAAUAUUUGUUUAAUAAAAUGUCAGAAUUCUGGGAGGAGCAUUUUUUGGCAUGCAUGUAAGCGCAGUGUAGGUCAUUUUAGCUAUACAGUGUGAGCCAAGGUCUUGGCAAGUGUUGUAGUGUAUGUUAUGUGGAACAUUGUGUAGUUAUUUGUGUGCAAAACGUCUUUGAGAAAGAUCGUUUACGGCACUUUAUACACCGAAGAAAAAAGCUCUGUGGCCGGUUUAUUCAAAGCUGGAAUAGCGCUACACUCGGUUAAAAUUUAACAUGAUGUGUUUUUGUGUGUGUGUUUCUGCACGUCUGUUUAUUUCAAAACUUUAGAAAAUAAAACUUUUGUUGAUCCAGAAAAGAUUUCUAGAAAAAUAUUUCCAAGUUUAUGAACCAGCUGUUGGGAAGAUUUUGUUGAAGAUUUUGAUAACCUCGGAUUAUGCUAACCGACCCUGGUAGACAAUCAGAAAUUGAUAAUUUGGCAACUAAAAUUCAACUUUUGUGAUUUUUUAGGUCAAGAACCUUUAGAAAUUGACUCGGUAAGUUAUAACGGCUUAUUGACCGAGCGUGAGGUCUGUACUGUAAAAUAUCAGACCGAGGUUUUUUAGUAUGGACCGAGCGACGAAGGAGCGAGGUCCAUGCAAAAAACAGAGGUCUGAUAUUUCACAGUACAGACCAAACAAGCGAGGUCAAUAAUCGGUUUAUUAUAUGGCUGAACUGAGUUUGUGAGCAUAUGCUUUUCGCGCGAAUUAAAUCGGCUAUUGUCAGUUUCACUGGGUAACAAUAUACGGUAGGCAUGCAUGCUCAAUCAAAAACAAUUUGGUUGUUUGAAAUUUUUAUCUGUAAAGCACAAUUGGAAAUUUAAAAAGCAAAAAAAUUUUCUGUUUGCAAAGCAAAAAUUUCCCGCCAGAUAAACGACAUCCGGGACACCGGUCCAGAUACGGAAAAUACGGACCACGGUCCGGAUAUGGGUUUUUACCAGCGCGCUUAUAUAUAUAUAUAUAUAAGCGCCCUGGUUUUUACGGACCGCUUGUCAACCAAUCAGAAUAGAGAAUUUUGAAAAGUCAUAUAAUAAUUCUUGUUACUUUUGUCAUACCGGUACAGUAUAGUUAUUCUUGAGAAUUACUUUUUUACGUUUUGGAUUUGUUAUAGCGUUUCCGUAGUUGCGACUUAUGUUAGGAACGCAUGCAUACAAGUUAAUGUCGGUUAAAAUAGUUAAGCCCGGUUUACACAAUCAAAGUUUCUGUGAUCACAGUAUUUUGCAUCGGUAAAUUCUAAGUUUUGAAAGAUUUAUAAGAGUUUUUUGAGGGAAUUAACUGACUCACUGUUUAACACUAAAUCAGUCCCCUCAAACAUUUUUUACCAAUCCUUCAAAGCUUAGAAUUUACCUAAUAUGCAAAAUUCCUACUGUGAUCACAGAGCCUCACCAGCAUUUAGAUGAUGUUAAAACGAGCCUUUAAAACAUUUGCCACCGAAAAUGUUGGAAGUCAGACAAUUAUGUCGAAAUACAGUAUGUGUCGUGACUUCAUUUGUAAGGGGUGAAUAUUUCAGAGACUUUCACAGGAUUUUCACGAAGUAUUUCUGUGUCUAGGUAGAAGAAAUGAAAAAGUUGUUGGAGCAAUACAGUAGUGAAGGGAAAACAUCAAAGUAAGUUGAUUUCAUCAACAUACGCGAUUAUCAAUGUCAAGCAGACAUUGUUUUUUAAAGUAAAAUUUCAUAUCUUAUAUAGGUCUGUUGAACUACUAAACAGCAUCAGUGAUUCGCCAGUCAUCCCUAUGGUAUGUACAGCGUCAGUCAACACCCUAUCGUAAAAACGUACAAAGGAUAAAAAACUGCAGCAGACUUGUAGCAAUGCUGUUCCAACAACUUGUACAGGAUGUGUUCGCACUGCACAAAUUGAUGUCUAUAAACUGCAGGGUUUUUUCAUUGAAUUGAGUUUUGAAACUCAAUCUUCUCACCAAAGUUUCAGUGCAGUAAAAUGAAGUUGUUUGAGUUAAAUUCGUGACGUGUGGAAAUUAGUUUUCAGUUGGAAACCCGACAAUUAAGAGAAAAUGGCUGGAAUUCAUCUCACAACACAAGAAAAACUAUGCAUUCGCCAUCUUUAACCAGUUUAUAGUGUCCCUUAGUGCCCCUGCUUUAACACUUUGCAUCUCAACUACAUUUAUUGAGUACAGGUGUCAGGGGGGGGGGGGGUGCAGCCACCCCAGCUGUUCAGCUAAACUCAAUCUUUUCUGCAAAAACGGACCCAAGAGAAAAUCCUGGAAAAAAACCCUGAAACUAUGUAUUAACAACAAUAUAAUAUUUUUCUUUCAGCUUUGUAACUCUGGCCAACACGAAGGUUAGCAUUACGUUUUUAAAUUUUUCAGUUUGGUCAAGAGAAAUUUCGUCUUGCCUGAGAAAAUCCUUCUAGAAAAACUGCGCAUUGGCGCAGUAUAUCUAGAAGGAUUUUCUACAUGUAUGAACUUUAGUUUAUCAUAUCUGAGGAUGGUUUGAAAUAGAAAUGAAUUUUGUUGUUGUUUAGAAUUACUGCACACAUUGGUCGAACUUGUUCUCAACGCUAUUGACCUCGACGAAGCACGGAAUUUUCCAAUUGCUGUAAGUGUAUCUUUUUAAUAGUCUAGGUAUUGAGUGGCUAAGUAUAUAUAUAGAGGAUAUUUCACGGUGGCGCGGAAAUAUAACUUUUAUUUUCGAGUGGUGAAAACAAUAUUUUACGAACGAGCGCAGCGAGUGAGUAAAAUAUUGUUUUCAACACGAGAAAAUAAAAGUCAUAUUUCCAAAGCCACCGUCAAAUGUUCUUUUUAUUAUAUGGCCAAAAUAAAUUUCAUCAACUAGAUGUUUUGUAGCUCACCGUACGGCAACAAUGUUAUGUCUCUCCGCUCGUUUAUAGAGGCUAAAUAGUCGCUGAAGAUCGCCAAAUCGGACUUAGUCUUCCUUUUUGUGUUUUUAUUUUCAUUUUCUUCAGAAAACCUUGCCAAAUCAGCGUCGGAAACAUUAACAAAAUGUCGAGAAUUUGCCAUAUUGAAUAUUCAAAACAGAAACGGCAAAAUGGCGGGAAUUAGCGUAGGCCCCGCGCGAGACGUUCCCGCGUAAGAUAUGAUUUCAUAUUUCACUAUAGUGAAAUACGGGAAAUAUCAGUGGCGUAUUUUACGGUAUUUUACUCAUAUCCAUAUAAUAAAAAUGGGUAACUCAUUGUUCUUGUAUGCUGUUGUUGCAGGCGAACAUUCGUCGUUUAAAAUUUGGCAUGAAACUUGCUUCGAGGCUGAGUGAAAACGGCGCCAAAACAUGUGGAAUGUUGGUUGUAAGUUUAUUAAAUAAAUCGUUUUUUUAAAGACAGUCAACUCGUUAUAUAACGGACCAAAAAUAUUACAAAGUUUUACAAAAUUUGCUUUGUUUACAAAAGUUAUAUUGUGCACCCAGAGCUCUGGACGCUAUUCAUUACUAAAGCGCCUGGGUACGAGGCUGCAUAGAUUACUAAUUUGUCCUCCAGAUGCAUCGUCACCGGCGCUGUGACGUCAAGUGCAAUGGGUCUAUAGGCUCAUGUUAAAAAUGCCUGACUAAAAAGUGGUGGCACAGUAAUAUAUGGGGUACAGCUUGAUUCAUGGAAUUGUCAGAUUAUAUUGUAAUUUCACGUCAGUAUAGUUUGAGAAGAGUGUUUCCGAAAAAAGAAUUUUCUUUCUGGGAGCACACUUGCACGAGAUAAAAAUUUCCUGCGGACAAACUGAAUAUUUUUGUGCUAAAUCCGCAUAUGCAUAAACAUAUAGUGUUCUAGCUGACCAUUGUUUUAAAUGCAUGGUUUUAAAUUCAAGGAAUAAUGUCUGUCAACCACAUGUUGUUGCGCCCAUAGUGGGACAUGGGUGCUAAGGUUUCCUUCAAAUUUUCAAUAGCAAAUCUUCAUUCAAACGAAUUUCCUGCAGCUGUUUACAGUAACAUUUCCUGCGAGCAGUGCUCGCCUAUUUUUUCCAGCCCUACUCAUGGCCUAGAAAAGUCAGUCUGAUUAUGUGAAUUUAAAAGUGUUGGAUUAUUUUAUUAUUUAGAACUUGAAUGUUCAAGAAAAGCUUAAUGAUUUGCUAAUAGCAGAACACAUGUCAUCAUCUGUAAAACUUGUCGCUCUUCAAGGUACUGUAACUGUACGUUUUGACCAGCAUAAAGUCUCUGUUAACGAUAAUUUAAUAACAGCAAAUGUAUUAAGAGGAGAAUCUUUUGUAUGUUACGUAACACGCGCUCAAAACUAAUGCUUUUCCACUUGGUUUUGACUAUACUCAAAUUUUUAAAUUUUUGAUAUGUUUCUCAAGCGGCAUAAAAAAUGUAAAAAGUAUAUUUUGUUAGUGCUUUAUCUGUAAAAUAAUGCUAAAAUGAAGAGAUUUUAGAUGGUACGCCAAAGAGAAAAUGAUGUCUGAAGUUCAGUAAGUUUUGCUUAUGUAUUUUGCUGUAGAUAUGGCAUCCCUUUUAAAGCAUCAUUGAUAAUUGUAUUUUAAUUGACAAUUUUUACUAUAUUAUUUAUAUUUCUGAACCGGGAAAUGCUUUUAAAAAGGUAGCUAACUGUAUAAACUACAGAAUAAAGCUAAAACAAAUCAAUUUUGAGAUGCACGCCAAAAGAUUUUCAUCGUUAAAAUACGCAACAUAGAAACAAAUUCUCUCUUAAUCGUUCAUUUAUUUUAUAUAAGGAAAUGUAUCAUGGCCUUAAACCCAUUUUAUUAUAAAUCUUUCUAAUUUCUUCCCAGUGAGACAUACUGAUUUUCUUCUAGUUUCUAUAAUGGAAACAAUUUGUAUACCUCUGUAAUCAUCUCAUUGUAGCCUUACACAGUUCUGUGGAAUAUCCCCUGGGAAUGGAGCAUUUCAUUGGAUGGGAUAGACAUGUAAGUAAGCCAGCCUUGAUAUAUGCAAGUACCUCGCUUUCAACCAUUAUUCAAUGGUAAUAAAAAAUUGAAUAGCGGGCUGACACUUGGAGGUUAAAGAUGAUGUCCACUCCUGUGCACAUGCACGAACUUUGUUUACGUUUGAACUGCUAUAUUUGUAAAAUAUGAUAUACUAACUGAAUAUCUAACACUUUUCUGGUUCGCUAUACUUGUAAAUGAAUAUAAACUGUACGUUUCAAUUCAAAACAGUUCGAAAGAUGCAAAAUUUGGGCAUUGUUCAUAUCUGGGGGUCCCCCUUUGUUAUGAGCAGAACUGAUGCGCAGAACGGAGUGGACCUCAUCUUUAAUAUGCAAAAGUAAAGGACAUUGACAACAACAAAAAAAAUUAGUUUGUCUCAUUCAAAAGAAUUCUUAAAAUUAUAUAUUAAACUCUAUUACCGAUUUGUCAUAUCUUGCUUAGUUCUCGAAAUAUUUAGACCAAACUUAAUGAGCUGUCCGCCGAUUUGUAUUACGCAAGGGAAAAUGCACCAUAUUUGGUCCGAAAGUGGUGCAUUUUCCCGUGCGUAAUACCGGGUGGCGCAAAAAAAAGUUCACGCGUUUGAUUUAGUACAGCGAAAAAACUAUAAGUGUUACGUUCCUCAAAUAAAUGUUAUCCUAUCCAGGAAGGCCUAACUUAAAUUUUGAUGUAUAACACAUGCAUUUUUGUUUAGUAUUACCCAAGAUAUUGGUAAAUCAAUUUGAAUAUGCAAUUUCAAAACGUUCCAAAAUUAGCUGAAAAUAGCCUAUUAAAUACGAGUAAAGGAAUUAACGAUAUAUGAAGAACACAACGGCAGUAAAUAACGCGUUUAUCAUGGAAAAUUAAAUAACUAUAUUCUUGCACGUGUGACCAUACUAUCGAACGAAUUAACGUUGGAUUUAUUUGCUGGUCAAAGUUAUGGCAAUCAGCGAUAAUCGCUUCACGAAGCUGUCUCAAAUUGUUCGGUUGUUGAUCUAAUUUAAUUCCCUGUAACUAUGGGACAUGGAAUACUGCGAAGCAAUUCUUAAUUAAAAGAGCCAUCUUUUUCGAAAUUUUGUUGCUUUUCAAAUGAUAAUAAAACAAAUAAAUAAAUAAGGAAAAUCAUUCGUUACACGUUUCAAUUCAAAUUAAUUCAUACAAGCGAAUAUGUCUGACGAAAUUCUAAAAUUUAUCAAAACAGUUUAAUAGGCCAUUUUUAGCCAAUUUGUCAGAUUUUCAAAACUUCGUUCCAAAUUUUAUUUGGCGAUAUCCCAGUCAAUAUUGCACGUAAAUAAACAUGCUAUAGCUCAAAAUUUAAGUUAGACUAUUAUGAAUACAGCUACGUUUAUUUCAGGGAUGUAACCCUUAUAGAUUGUUCGCUGUACUAAAUCAAACAGUUAUACUUUUUUUUGCGCCACCCGGUACAAAUUAAUACAAAAUUUGAAAAUUUGGCAGGGCUAUAUUCUCCUCAUUUUACAACAUUUCGCAACCAAACUUUGCAAUUUUACUAAUCCCAACAUGCUCUUUCUAGCUGUGGUGAUGGAUUUUGUUCCUCUUGCCGAGAUCAAAAUUUAGUCUAUAACUUGAAUCAUCCAUUGAUUUUGUCUGUUUUCUCAGGGUGAAGCUAGCAAGACAGAUACGAAAACUGGUUAUGAAAAACUCGUGGAUCUCCUUGCAUCAGAACAGGUAUGAAAUACUGGAAGCCUGAAAAUAUUUUUACUAAAACUGUCUGUACCAGUGUAGGUAAUACCAAUGUGAAAAUGCUGUGCUGAGUGGUUAUAUUACUACCUUAAAAAAUAAGCAGAAACUCGACGUUUCGAGCGAAGGCCCUUCGUCAAGAGUUAGCUUACUCUAAGUCAAGAGUUAGCUAACUCUUGACGAAGGGCCUUCGCUCGAAACGUCGAGUUUCUGCUUAUUUUUUAAGGUAGUAAUAUAACCACUCAGCACAGCAUUUUGAAAAUAUUUUUGUCUGCCUGACAUGCACUUCUCUCUUAGGGCCGGAUAUCACAAGUAUCAGACAGACUCAGGCAGAUCCGGCCUCGAUAGCUUUUGAAUUUGGCGCAAUAGCUAUUUUAGCCUUAUUUUUGGACUAUUUUUGGAGAUGAUUUUUUCAAUUGAUACCAAUUAAAAUAAUCACUACCUGUAACUCCAGAAUUCGUAAUUUAAAGUUUCUAAAGCACAUAUUCGGGCAUUUGAAUUUGGAGCUAGCACAUUGGACUAUAUGGAUGUAGCGUACUAGCAUCCGUCCAUUCCCAACUACUGCUUAAAGGUUUUUUCCAUCUUUAUUACAUCAACAUUUCGUCUAUAUUGCAUAGGCUGUCCGUGUAGUUACGGCUGGCACAAGUCUGGUUCACAGAGCUCAUAUUUUUGAAAUGUUGGGAAAUCUGCAGAAAGUUGUUGACAUGUAAGUUUAUUGCAGUAAUUUUAAAUUAAGGCAUGUACUGUACAACUUGUCUCGUUUGUGUUCUAUAACCAUAACGUGGGCUGCAGGCCUGACAUUUUGUCAAAAAGUCUAACUACAUUCUGGUUAAAAUUUUUCUGGUUAACCCAGCAUGCGUGGCGGACUGUCAGCCCGCCGUAGAACUCCUAAAAAUGGGCGGAGGCGAAAGUCUGUCUGCUGGGUUUGGCUGAAAUCUUAACAAAAUAUCUUCGCAGGGAAUCUUCUUACAUCUUGCAGGAAUGCCAUCUAGUUUAAUAAUACCACUAACAUAUUUACAUCAAUUCUAUAUACAUACAUAACAGUGUCGUAUUAAUUUAGAUAACAUCAGAAUGAGGUCCGCUUUCGCUAGAUAUUUGAGAAACAUAGACCAGAUCUUUCCAUUAAUGCAGAGAAAAGAAUUCGGGUCUGACAGGUCAGGCCAUUAAAUGGAAAGCGCUUUAGGCCUCAUUAAAAUAGCCAGGAAAUUUAACCCGCAUAUUGAGUUAAACCAAUUAGGAUUAUUUUAAGGUUGGCCAGGAAAAUUUUCCCCAGAGUGUUUUUAGAUUGAACAAUUUACUUUCUUCGCAGCAUCAUAAAAAGCACAAAUCACGUGAUGGCAACAAGAAAGGAAGUAACUCAAGCGAACGUGGAAGAUCAAGACAAUGUUGAGAUGGAUGAUGAAAACAGUGCUAUCGAUCUCCAAGAUUUGGUCAAUGCUGAGCAUGUUGAGAUUAUCAUUGGCUGUCUCGAGGAAGUACAUAAAGUUCUCAUCAAUGCUUACGAAUUGUUGGUAAGUGUUCAUUUUAAAUGGAUGCCUCCAUACAAUUGUAAAGAAACAGCAGCGAAAAAUAAGGUCUUCACAAUGACGCAAAAUAUUUGCUAUUUAUGUGAAAUGGGGAUUUUUUGGAAGCUAAAAAGACUUCCUGGGUAACAGUUUCCUAUUCAAAAUAUUACAUAAGUUUGAACGUGCCGAAAAAAACUUCGCACUUUGACUCGUGAAAAAAUAACUUUAAAACUGCUCUACUUUCCGGAAACAUGUUUUGUAUUAAAUUUCAGGUAUUGUUGAAAGUUUUUAGCUUUUUUCCUUGUUGAAAUACAGCUAUUUAGUGCUCAAAAACAAAUGUCUUUUUGGUGGCGUAUUUUCGCUCCAUUCGUACAUGGCGGCCAUCAUGAGUGGCUUGAAAGAUGGCGACCAAGUUAUCGUUCCAGUUCCCUUAGAGUUCAAUGUGCUUAAACAACUGUAGGGAGCCACCUUAAACGCGGAAAUGUGGCGAAAAUCAAAAGUCUCAAAAUUUGAACCGGUCAAACUCGAGCGAGAGUUGCGGCUUCUCGUCCACUCUCAUUUCCGUUUGACCGAGGACAUGCUUUUGUAAUUGAAAAACUUGUUGUUUUUUUAGGUGCAACCUCAUGCCCAGGCUUUCCCAACAUCAGUUAAAAUCACCGCUGCGAAUAACGAACCGAAGAAUCCGUUUCCAAUGCUCUAUCGUAUGUUUACUGACAGGUACAAUAUGAGACACAUUAUUAUUUGUAUUCGUAUCAUUUGAGCCGGUUUAAUAGGCCUUUCCCCUUAUAACCAAAAUUUUGAUCUAGGCAAGUUUAGACAAAUAUUUCAUCACAGCUUGAAAGAGCAUCACGAAAUUAGUAAUAUUCCAAAGUUUCGUUGCGAAAUGUUUAAAAAUGAGGAAAAUAGAGCCUUGCAAAGUUUCCAAUUUUCAGUCAUUUUGCAUUACAAACGGGAAAUUGCAGCCCCAACACCCGAAUCGGAUGUCAAUUUCCCGUUUGUAAUACAAAAUGACUGAAAAACGGCGAACUUCGCAAGGCUAUAUUAUCCGCAUUUUACAAGAUUUUGCAACAAAACUUUGGAAUAUUACUAAUUUUGUGAUGCUCUUUCAAGCUGUGAUGAAAUUUUUGUCUAGAUCGAAAUUUUAGUUAUAAGGGGAAAGGUCCAUUAAUAUAAUCGAUUUUUAACUCAUCAAGGAAACUUCUGGAGUCUAUUCUGGUGUUGUUCUCAUGUCCCGUUGGAUUUCUUCCGCCUGUGUUUACAGCCAUAAGAGAUAUUUUCUUCUAUGUUCUUCAGACACAGGAAGGUCAGUGUUGAGCUCUUUUGUAACAUACAGCAGAAUGUUUUGGUUAACUGUAUCAGGAAAACUCUUACUGUAUAUUUUGUACGAGACUUCGUGUGCAUGUAUCAUUUCAGUUUAAAAUCAUAUAUUUUGUUUAUUCCUAGGUUUGCUAUUUCUUUCAUCCGAUCCUGAAUGUACGAAUGAGAUUAUAAGAAUAUUAGCACAAACAGUAAGUAGAUUAUGAUAAAAAAAAGAUUGUACAGUAGAGCUCCUCUAACUUGAACUACAUCAAAUUUUCCCUGGAUUUGUCCCAAUUUUAACAGUCAUUUACUUCGGUCAACUCGAACUCGUUUUUGUAGGAAACUGAUUUUCAUUACAGUGAAGCACCAUCAUUGCAGGUUGGUGGUUUUAAUUGUUAUUUCUAAUAAUUCUGUAUCGUAUAUAAUUGUCUUAUUUCCACCUUUUUCUUACUUAAAAAACGUUUGAUAUUUUGACUAUUUUAUUAUUUGUUCCCAGGACUUUCUCCGUGACUCCAGCGCGGCUGAUCAUUGCACACCUCAACAUUUGGGAUUACUCUUAAUUUAUCAUCUCCAGGUAAUGUGUUUUAAAUUUAAAACUAUGCUGGUGAUGGUGGUGAUGAUGUGAUGAUGAUGGUGACGAUGAUAUGAUUAUAGUGAUAAUGAUGGUUGUGGUGAUGAUAAUGAUGAUAAUGGUGAUGAUAAUGAUGGUAAUGAUGAUGAUAAUGGUGAUAAUAUAUGGUGAUGAUGAUAAUGGUGAUAAUGGUGAUGAUGAUGGUGAUGAUUAUGGGGAUGAUGAUGAUAAUGUUGAUGAUGGUGAUGAUGGUGAUGAUAAUGAUGAUGAUGAUGAUGAUAAUGAUGAUGAUGAUGAUAAUGAUGAUGAUGAUGAUAAUGAUGAUGAUGGCAAUGGUUGUGGUAGAGAUGGUGUGAUGGAGUGUUUUGUCAGAACGGGAAGAACUCUGGUGACAUUGGAUACCACACCAUAAAUAUUUGUGCUUGAUUUUUGAACGUUAGUACGGCGCGCACGUUGCCAAUCUAGAUUCUGCCACCCACAUGCUUGGUUGUCGAAUGAAAUGAUGAUAUUUUGCUUUUAUUCUAGACUCUACAAGCUAUCGAUCAGUUGAAAUCUUCUCACAGUUCUGGUAAGAUAUUAGAAUGCAUGUUAAAAGAAAUAAUUCUAAAGUUAGUGUCUAUGACUCAUGUCUGAUCACGGAGCACACCUAUGGUGGAAGGGUCAGUUAGGGGGGGGGGUAAUCCCAACCCACCCUGUCAGCAUUCCAUGUGAGAGAGGGAACCGGAGUACCCGGAGAAAACCCCACGACUUUCGACUUUCAGCGUUGACUGACUCUUUUCACAUGAGUGUCAUGCAUGAGUCCGUAGCGAGAAUCGAACAACUUGCUCUUAUACAGCCCUUGCAAUUUAAUGAAAUCAACAAUUCAAGCGCAAUAUUUUGACCCUUAAUGACCAUUUGAAGAUGAUUAUUAAUAACCAAUAGAUAAGUUGAAAUCUUAUGUUGAUGUGUAUAUAUAUACACUUUUUUUAAUGUAUUGGAUAGAUUCCUCUACAACAUAUGGUAACUCUGAUAUGGUAAAUAAUAAAUGUUUGAUAGCCAUUGGCAAAAAUUUGCCGACGACAAUUUAAUUCCUGUUUGCCGCGUGAGAUUCCGAGGAUUAUGAUAUACAUUCAGUACUUUAGUUCUCUAUCUGUACAGUAUCUUGCUACAUUCCUUGUAGAUUUAUCUGGCGUGGACCUGGAUGGUGCUGAUAUUCUUUCUACUUUACAUUCACUGUAUUCCAUGACAUUUACUGCCUUAGGUAAGUCUAGAAGUAAUAGGCACUUUAAGAUUGACGUUUACGGCAAACCGCAAUGGGGAAACGUAGUUGGGCCUACAACGGCUAAAAACGCACAGGUUGUUGCAAGUUGAUAUCGACAGGCGUGAGCAAUGUUGUGCGGCCAACUAUGAACAAGUUGUCAACCAUGUUGUUCCAAGUUGUUACAGUUGAACAAUGUUGUAACAACAUGUUGACAAUACUGUUCAUAGUGGGCCGCACAACCGUGUUCACGCCUGUCGAUAUCAACUUGCAACAAGUUGUUGAUUUUCUCAAUUUUUACGCGUGUACAACGGCAAAGUAAGGCCAGCUAAAAGUAGCUAAUUCAUACUCCAAUUUUAGUGCACAAAGUUGCCCAUAACUUCGAACAGCUAGACUUCAAAUUACGAUUUGAAAUUUGCGGUUAGCGGUUCUUGAAGUCCCUAUUCGACAUACCUCUCUCAGUUCUAGGCUGUUCUUCAUAGAGGUUCCUGUCCAGGCCAUCCCGAUAAUAUCUUAAAUGCCAUAUAAUUUUAAAUUUAAUUUUUUUACCAAGAAGCAAGUGAUGUACAGGGCUGGUAAGAGACGUGUUUGUUUGUGUUGUAGGGAAAGCAGCUGUGACCAGUGUGUUAGGAAUGUCGUCCAAUUUGGAAUGUUUGUUACCGUUUGUUGAACAAGCUGGUAAGAACAUCGUGAACAUUUCUUUCUUUUUCUUCGUGUUUGUUUGUUUGUGUACAUUAAUUGGGCUUAUGUGGCCGUGUUUACUAUUUUGUGUGUGUCUUGGUGUGUGUGUCUGUUUAUUUGUGCAGUUAUAUUGACAUUUUAUCACGCAUAUAUGUUUAUAGACAAGCUGAGUUCGGAUUCAAAAGACUCGAAAUCGAAGAAAAGUGUUUCCAGUCGAUAUGCAUCUGUUUUAAUUCUUCUGACCAUUCAAGGUACGGAAUUUUCAAAGCAUAUUAAUGCCUCCCUGGUAAUUGUGCACUAAUCGCCCGUCUUUCGGGUGUUCUGUCUUGUGGGUAGACCGUCUGUUAUGCAGGCUAAGUGGGCUGUUCAUAUGGAGGCGGACUGGUCCAUUUGUCCGGGACGAUUCUUUUAGUAAUGCUCUUAUCACGGUUUUGAUAAAUAUCCCAAAUUACAUUUCAAAGUUGAAUUAGCUCAGCUUGAUACCAGUACGAUCUUUUAUCGUCGGGAAAAAAUUUUCGUGACACGAUUCAUCCUUGCUAGACCGCCUCAUAUGAACAUCCCCUAACACUAGUAGAGUAAGCAGCCCUUCAGGUAUCCGUUUGAAGUCCUGGCCAAUAAUAAUUUCGGUAUGGCCAAUACUGUUGUUUUGCUCUACUGAGGCUCUGGCUAUUAAUUGAUGAGCAAAGCGAGUAUGCAAAGCCGAAUUGAAGGUCGAAGCUUCAAGGGUGCUGUGAGUUGAGAUAUAUUGCCCGAGUGCAAGACUGGGCUAAGAAAUUCAGCUUGUCAUGACUGCAAGUACCGGCGAAUUACACACAGCCUCUGGCGAAAUUCGCCGUUCGCCCUAAAACAAGAUGGGUGAGUAGGACAUUUUCGUUCCGUAUGAUUAAGUUUUUGAUUUUUUUUAAGGUUUGGAAAAUGUUGAAAUUUUAGACAGAUUUGGUGAGAGGAUGUGGAAUAUUGGACAAGGUUAGAUAUUCUUUAUGAUUAUAUAUGUUUGCAUUCAGGAACAUGUUUAAUUUUGGUUUCUCUUUAGACAAGGAGUCGACAUUAGGCCUUGCGCAACUCAGUCAUUGGUUGAGUCCAGUAAAAGAUGUCAAUUUUGAAGUCAAGGCGAUUCCAGAUCUUGUUGGGUUUGUAAAGAGGUAAGCUUUCCCACGGGAACAAAUUAAGAUGGGAGGGCAUCGUUUAUUCAAUGCAAAGUAGGGCAUGCAUAGCUAAGCAAAGCCAAGUACACUAUUUUCAUUACUACAAGGCUCGCUUUAGGUUAGGCCUACGCCAGCUAUCGCGUUGAGCCCAGAUUGUCUGGCCUAUAGAUCAGGCCAAGCCUAAGUCACAAUUUCACACGAAAAAUGUCUGGUUAGGUUAUAGGGAACUCCGUACUCCUAUGAUAUAUACAUCAUAGAAAGUAAGAGACUAUGCUGAAGCCCCACGUCAUGUAAACGUUAACUCAUCCCCAGUCGCUUACCCAACGCGUCGGGACAUUCCCAUGGUCCUUUGCGUUAUACUCAAUUUUCAUCGCAUUCCCAUGAAUCAUUGCACGAAUAAGCAAUGUUACAGGGAUGUAUACGUUCACUUGCGCAUGCUUGAACUAUAAAAACGUUAAUUUUACUAAUUUGCACGCUAAUCGUUCUGUGUUGUCAAAAAAAUGCCCUUUUUAUAAAAUUGCACUUGUUUAUUUUAGCAAGGUGGAUGAAUUAAACAACCAAAAUGUUGCGUGUGGUAUUCUCACUGCCGUUCGCGUUAUACGUUAUCUCACUGUACCUACAGCCAGCUCACUUGAAGGUAAUUCUCGUCUUUUAUAAAUUGUGAUAAAAAAUGUGUGUGCGCGUGCGGAUUCUGUAGUACUGCGCGAAUUUUAAUACAAGUAAAGGUCCAGACACACCGGACGCGAUUGGACAACGCGACGCGAUUUUUAAGUUUUUGAAAGUUAAUAAAACAGCCAAUGAGAGCAAAUUUUAAAAGAUGUGUAGACCAAAUAACUCAAAAUGUUACAACGCUUCUAAAUAUUUGGAAAGUUUAAACUAGGAUCAAAGUUAUCGGUCAGUAAAAAUCGAGGUAGUCAGUGCGUGUUUCAACAACGAACACACACAAAUCGGCUACGGCAAUCAUUCAUUAUCAUUGCAUGAUGUUUAAUUUAAUGACAUAAAUUUGUCUUGUUUACCGUCGGAAUUCCUAUAUUUCCUAAUUCAUUAUUCUUGUCGAAAUGUUUGGCGGCGUUCCACUGGACUAAAAUUUUCUGAAUCCGAUUGGAUCAAUGGCAGCAACGGCACAUUUGUUGUGGUGCGUGACUAAAACUACAUUAAAAUCGGCUCCCACAAUCAUUGCACAAUAUUCAUUGCUAUAUAACUUUUACUGCAUCUUACUUCUAUCACAGAGUAGAGACAUACAGAGACGUAACUAGUGUACCCACUUUUUUGUGCGCAUGCUCGGCAAGUUACUAGAUGCAUGCAUCUGAUUGGAUGACGACCUGAUGACGACUCACUUUAAACUUGCUGAGCACGCGCAGUUGAUCAUUUUUCGCCCGGUCGCCUGAAAAAAAGUGGGUACAUGAUAAUGUAAUCUUCCGCAGUGUUUACAACGGUCAGUUACGUCUCUGUAUGUCUUAUCUACUCUGUGCUUCUAUGAUCUUUGGCGUAAAUAAUUCUUACAUUUCUUCAAACAAAAUAAUAUAUUAAUAUUUUUCACGGCCUUUCACGAGGUCAGUUAUUAGAACUGAAUAAGUAUGAAAUCUCGAGCCCGUUACAGUGUCAACUGUCAAUCGAAAUUCCUGACCUCUGCGAAAUACCUGACCAAGCGUGACGGCCGACGGGUCAGAAAUUUCGCGUGUGCAGGCGCGAAAUAUUAUAAAUUGUAAGUCGGCCAAGACCGUUUUUUAGAGUUUAGAUAAAUAUUUAUGAUGUUAAUUCGUAUUACUUAAUUGGUUAAAUAUUUCAAAUCGACAUAACUUUAAAAUAAAUAUUCUAUGACAAACACAGGUUUUGAAUCCAUCAUUCGCUAUAUUUUGACGGCGUUUCAUGGGGUGAACCCAUUGGUCUGAACUUAGAUUGGAUAAUGCAUCUAUUGUUGAGAAGCGAAGCCGGUAGUAAAUCUGCGACAUAGGUGAAACUAAUUCAAAAAAUAGGUACGCUAAGCGUACGUGUAUCUGCGCCAUCCCAAUUUCGCACCUGCAUGUUGGUAGAGGCAAUGGUGAAAAAGGCAUGGUAUUAAAUGGUAGGGGCCGCUGCAUUAGUUUUUAUUUUAUAUAAAAGAAAUUAUAUAUUAGAAAAGUAACUAAUACAAAUAAAACAAUUAACUGUAUUUGGGUAUUAUAAUAUUUCAGUAGACCUAUUUAUGCAAAUUAUGUUGUACAGCUAACUAACUAGUUUAGCCCAUAAUUGUUAUUUCAGUUAGCUUGCAUGUACCUUCAAAAGAGUAUAAUUUAAUUGUCUUAUUGAUAAUUGUAUGAUAUCUGGUACUCAAUAAAUUGUUAUUGUCAAUUGUCAUUUGGGCUAGGAACGUAAAGGAUUUUGGAAUAUAACCCCUAUAGUGGAAGAAUCUAUCUAAUUAUGAAAUAAUGAAAUUACAUUUUUAUUGAAGUUAGGUAGAUACUUACAUAAUAUAGGAAUCUAAAGGAAUUAACGAGAUAAUGAAUACUUGUUAUAUGUGUUGGCCUAACUAGGCAAAUUGGUUGCAUGGAAUAAAAUUCACUUGCCAUCAGGUCUAGUUUUGCCUCUCCAUAAUAAUAAAACUUGAAGCAAAUGAUUGCAGUAAGGAUUGAUUAAUUCCUUUCUAAUCUUAUAUUUUCCUUAACAAAUUUAAUAUUCAAGACUUGAAUAUGAAGCGCUGAUUUCUGCUGAUUUAUUAAUAGACUACCUAGCAUAAGCAAUUAAUUUCUGGAAAAAUAAAAAUAGAUUGACCGCCAUGAGGCAAGUUCUGGUUGCCCGGGCAAGCAAGCACCAAGUUACACUACUAAACUCUGGUUAUGUUUUUUCUAAAGAAAGCUAAUUUUGCUAUCAUUUCAUAAACAAGCAGGUGCAAUUCAGAGUAAACCCUAGUUUCCGUUGAGUCGUAACCAGGCGUUAAACUAUCGGUCGGUCACGGACAUUGUCCGACCCAUUCAUGAAAUUGUCCGACGUAGAGAGGAAACCACCAGACAUUCUGUCCGACCUAAGUGAAGCUGAGGUGUAUUGUUUGUCCGACCCGAGUGAAUUGGUGACCGACCUAACUGUAGCUUUGUUCAACGUAAAUCAAAAUUUACCCUAUCCCAGGACUGGAGUCCCGUAUGUUAAAUGGAAAAUCAGAGGACUAUUGAGUAUUGUAUAGAAAGUGAACUGGAAGUGUUGUUUUAACGUAGCUAAUCGAGCGCGGGGCGGCGAGCGAAAUGGUGAAGUGGAAAACGGGCUUAAGUUGUCGAACUCUUACUGCUGUUUUGGCAAGCAAGUUAAUUUUGGCUUGGAAAUAAAUAUGAAUGAAACGAAUUAUUUAAUAUCUUCACAACAUUUACCUUUGAGAAUUAAUACAUUGUGCUGAUAUUCAUUUGUACAUGUCAUUCAGACUUAUUUCCGAGUCAAAACUGAACUAAAGGUCAUCGGACAUAUGUCCGACCCAAACUCAACGUCACCGGACAUUUUGUCAGACGGCCCAGUAAAAGAUAUGUUAAGGCCUGGUCGUAACUGUCGUGGACAUAUCAAGAUGACCAAGCGUGGGUAUGUUUCCACAGACAGUGAAUUUCUAUACAACACACUGAAAAGACAAGAUAGAUCCAGACUAAUUUCUUAUUGCCCAACACGAGUUGGUCGCGAGAGUUGCUUGCGACCAAAUGGAGACCAGGCUUAAUCCUUAGUUGUAUCUCCUACAAAGUCACCGACUCUCUUCUUUUAAUAUUGUCAGUAUUUGUGACUCACUCUAUGAUGUAUCAGUAAAAUGAUAUACAGUCGAACCUCUAUUAAGCGGCCCUCCAUUAAGGCCUGAUUCCACGGGCGCUUUUUCUCGGCGAAAUGCGAAAUAUUUCGCCUGUUUCUUUUGAAUUGUGGGCAAUCAAGUAGAAAUAAUUUAUUCGAGUGGUCGCAAUUCAAAAGAAACAGGCGAAAUAUUUCGCAUUUCGCCGAGAAAAAGCGCCCGUGGAAUCAGGCCUUUAAGCGGCCACCCUCUAUUAAACGGUCACAUAUCGAAGUCCCGAAAUUUUUGUAAUACAAAUACUAUAAACUAUCCCUCUAUUAAACGGCCACCUCUAUUAAGCGGCCGCGGCCACCCAAAGGGCGGUCCCAAAUGAUGUUUUAUAUCAAUUUUUACCUCUAUUAUACGGCCAGCCUUAGGUUUAGAUAUAGGUAAUGAGAACCAUAUUGGUGUCCUAGUAAUAAAUUUAUGCCACAUAGUCCCUAAAUGUUUGUUCAAAAGGUUUAGUGUGAAAUAUAAUAGUGUGAUGUCCUCGUGUUGUUGGCACAAUGUAUGCCUGUGAAAAAAUGUUAUAGUAGAUGAAACUAAGAAUUAAAGAUAAAAUCACUAUUGUAUUCUGUGAUUUAAUAUUUAAAAAUAGACAUUUGACUACGCCCAGGGUCUAUUAUUUGCGUACCUCUAUUAAGCGGCCACAAAGCCGAUCCCCGAGGGUGGCCGCUUAAUAGAGGUUCGACUGUAUAAUUUUCAAUCACCUUUUUAAGACAUAUUGUUCGACUUUUAAACGCGAUCUCUUUACAAAGUGGUAUACAAAAUGACUGAAAAUUACAAACUUCGCAAAGCUAUAUUAUCGGCAUUUUACAACAUUUCGCAUUUUGAGAUGCUCUUUCAAGCUGUGAUGAAAUUUUUCUUUAGGCUAGUUGAGACCAAAAUUUUGGAAAAGUGGUAGAUGACUGGAAAUUGGAAAUUUCGCAAGGCCAUAUUACCCGCAUUUACAACAUUUCGCAAUGAAACUUUGGAAUAUUACUAAUUUUGUGAUGCUCUUUCAUGCUGUGAUGGAAUUUUGUCUAGGCUAGUUGAGACCAAAAUUUUAAUUAAUAUUUAGUCCAAUCCCACGACAGAAUUUAGAUCCCUAUUCUGUAGUCCGCACAAUCAUUGAAUGACAGGGCCGCUUAGGGGGGGGGCAGGAGGGGGGGGGGCAAAAUGCCCCGGGCCCCGAUGUGCUGGGGGCCCCUGAAAAAUUCUUUGGGGCCCCAGUCUUUUUUGUGUGUUAAAUAUUUCCGCACAAAGGACAACAUAUCUGUUUUCUUGGGCUAAGUACCGAAAUUUGGCAUAAAAAAUGAAAUAAAGUCCCUGGAAAGCAAUUGCAACUCCGGAAAAUUUUUUUUUACCCCUAAAAUGGUACACUGACCGAAAAUUUUUUGGCGACUGGGGGGUGUUGUUCUCCGAAAAAAUUUUUUGAUAGGGUAGGGGCCCCCCAAAAAAAAUUGCUCCGGGCCCCCGCCAACCUUUCGGCGGCCCUGUUGAAUGAUGUUCAAUGAAAUGAAAAAUUUGUCUGGGUCCAAUCAAAUAUCACGAAUAUGGUGAAUAACUAAGUAAAAGCAGCACUUUAGAAUAUGGUGAUUAACUAGAAGAAGCACUGUAUUGUAGUCGGUGCGUGUUUCAACAACGAACAGACACAAAUCGGCUACGACAAUCAAUGCAUAAUGUUUGAUGAUAUAAAUUUGUCUAUUUACUGUCGGAAAUGCAUGGAAUUCAUAUAUCUCCUAAUUUAUUAUUCUUGUCGACAUUUUUGGCGGCGUUUCACUGGACUAAAAUUUUCUGAAUCCGAUUGGAUCAAUGGCAGCAACGGCACAUUUGUUGUGAUGCGUGACUAAAACUGCAUUAAAUCGGCUCCCACAAUCAUUGCACGAUAUUCAUUGCUAUAUAACUUUUACCGCCGCCAUGCUUGUAUCUUUGGUUUUUUUUCGGAAACAGUAUUAAUAAUUUUUCACGGCCUUUCUCGAGGCCAGUUAUUAGAAUACAUAACUUUAAUCGUGGUUAAUACAAUAGAUGGUUUGGAAAGUUAUUAGAAUAACGACAUUAGGGACUUUACGCAUCGAAUGGAAGACGGCAACGUCAGGACGACGGCUAUCAAUACAGUAUCAUUAAUCCUAUAGCACAAAAGAAAUGAAUAAUUUAAAUUAAAGCUAGAGUUUCAGACGUCGUCCAGGCUCUGUUGACAACGGCAAAAUGCAUAUUUUCACAUCUUCGAAAGUAUACGCUAGCAUUUCAAGCCGUUGCAGGCGAUUUUUCGAACAGCGUUGAUCAAAAUUGCUCUGAAGGUUAAAGUUUUAGAAACUGUAUUAAAUUGAUAAGAAAGUAAAAGCAGGACAACAUUUUCAUACAAUCAUUUAUUUCAAAAACUUUGUUUAGCCGUCGUCCUGACGCCGCCGUCGUACUUGCGUAAACUCCCUAACAGAGACCUUACGAUUUACGACGGCAACGGUUACCAAUACAAUAAACUUGAAAAUAAUUGAAUAAUUACAAUAUAUGAAUAAUUUAGACAUUCAUGGUGAAACUAAUUCACAAAAUAGGUACGCUAAGCGUACGUGUAUCUGCGCCAUCCAAUGUUGCACCAUGCUGGUAGAGGGAAUGGUGAAAACGGCGUAGUAUUAAAUGGUAGGGGUUGCUGCAUCAUAAUAGAGAGUUUAAGUUCGACUUCUAAUACCAAUACCGAUACCAAUGUUCAGUGGCGUAGCCAGCCCGACGAUUUAGUCCCGCUAUGUAAAUUCAAAAUUAUUAUCAUUAUUCAUUUCUUUAGAAAUUGAUUGUUUUCACAGUCAAUGAACACGAAAAUAUUUACAUAGCGGGACUAAAUCGUCGGGCUGGCUACGCUACUGCCAUCACUUAUCACUUUCGUUCUCAUUUUGGUACCGGGAAUUUGAAAGCGUUAAGUUAUCACGACAGAUAAAGUAUAGAACACAUUAAUCGUCACCGAAAAUGUGCGGUAUACUAAACGGCAGCUGAGUUAGAAAUAUCCGAUUUAUAUGAGUUUAUCUUACAAUUCCCCCGGCUUCCAAUACAAGGCCGACUUCGGUAGUGUGACUUCCUCGUGCUUCUUGCGAGCAGAGAGCAUGCGCAUGACAUGUUGUUAGUAUCGGUAUUGGUAUCGGAAGUCGAACUUAAACUCUCUUCCACAAACAAAAAGUGUUGUAUAUUUUAUCACCAUGCAAUCAUACAAAGAACUUAUUAAACUCUCUAAUAAUGUAACAGGGUAACUCCAGUGGUAUGACGUAGCUUUUUUUAUAUAAAAGAAAUUACAUAUUAUAAGAGUAACUAAUACAAAUAAAACAAUUAACUGUAUUUGGGUAUUAUAAUAUUUCAGUCGACCUAUUUAUAUAUAGUAAGCUUGUACCCUCAAAAAAGUAUAAUUUAAUUAUGUCUUAUUGAUAAUUGUAAUAUCUGGUACUCAAUAAAUUGUCAUUUGGGCUAGGAACGUAAAGGAUUUUGGAAUAUAACCCCUAUAGUGGAAUAAUCUAUCUUGGAAAUAAUCUAAUUAUGAAAUAAUGAAGUUACAUUUUUAUUGAAAUUAGGUAGAUACGUACAUAAUAUAGGAAUCUAAAGGAAUUAACGAGAUAAUGAAUUACUUGUUGGCCUAACUAGGCAAAUUGGUUGCCUGGAAUAAAAUAACUUGCCACAGGUAUAGUUUUGCUCUUCCAUAUUAAUAAAACUUGAAGCAAAUUAUUGCAGUAAGGAUUGAUUAAUUUCCUUUCUAAUCUUAUGUUUUCCUUAACAAAUUUAAUAUGCAAGACUUGAAUAUGAAGUGUUGAUUUCAGCUGAUUUAUUAAUAGAAUGCCUAACAUAAGCAAACAAUUUAGUGUCGCAAUUAAUUUCUGGAAAAAUCAAUUGCCCGCCAUGAAGCAACUUCUGCUUGCCCGGCCAAGCCAGCACUAAGUUACACCACUGAACUCUGGUUAUUAUUUUUUUUUCUAAAGAAAACUAAUUUUGCUAUCAUUUCACAAACAAGCAGGUGCAAUUUAGAGUAAACCCUAGUUUCCGUUGAGUCGUAACUGUCGUGGACAUAUCAAGGUGACGCAGCGUGGGUAUAUUCCCACAGACAGUGAAUUUUUAUACAAACGGCAAGAUAGAUCCAGACUAAUUUCAUAUUGCCUAACACGAGUUGGUCGUGGGAAGAGGUUAUUUCGCUGGCCUCAGAAUGACAAAACGUAACAAAGUAACGGUUUUACUAACACUAACCCUAUUCCAAACACCAAAUCUAACCCUAAUCGUUACCCUAACCCUAACCUAACCCUACCUCAAGUUUGUUUCUAAACCAAUCUUGAAGAAAAAUUUUUUGACGAAAUGUCAUUCUGAGGUCAGCGAAAUUUUUCCUUGGUCGUGACAGUUACUUGCCACCAAAUGGAAACCGGGGUUAAUCCUGCCCUGAACAUAGAUAGGUUUUGAUGUUCAAACGGCAAAGUUUUGUAGACUAUACGACUACCUGAAGUCUUUCGGCUUCGCUCGAAACAUCGAACGUCUUUUUGUAUAUGUCAGGUAGUUGUAUCUUCUACAAAGCUCUGCUGUUUCUACUCAUCGCUACCAACACUGGCACCGACUGUUCGAGAUGUCUUGAUGUGGUACCUUAUCUGAAGUUGUGUCAAUGUCAUGUGUUCAAGCUUAAAGCCUCACGAAUACUGCUACGGGUUUCUUCAAACCCCAACCCUUGUACUACACCAAAAACAUCAAGUACAAGAGAAGGGUACACCCGAAUGAAAAUGUUGUCAACAAGAUCUUGCUGUGUCUGGUGGGACCUCUCUUGUUUGUGAGCGUAUGCAUUGCGAAUGAAUCUUAUCAAGUCGAUUACUUUGUCAGUUCGAUACUUCUUAAGUUUCCAAGCUCUGGUCAUUUCUUCAUACAACUUUCCGAUAGCCCGAUCCCAGGAUAGAAUCCUGACACUUUGACCAGUGUUUGUAGUUUGCAAACGUAGCUCCAACACCGAGUUGGGAUUAUUUGCCGGGAAAGCAGCUUCUUGUUGAUCGCCUACUGCUUUCAGAAAUUCAAUCUUCUUUUUAUCGCUCCAAAGGUAGGGAUGCUGGUUGAGGUAUGCUGCUGGCGGUCGCUUGGAAGGAACCUUUGUCAAAAGAACCUGAAGAAAACUAGUGACUUCUGCUGGCAACGCUCGAUCGAGGUUUGCAGGCUUCUCCACGAUUUUUCUUUCAAUAACGUGAGCCGGUUCUUCAUUUCCAGUUGUAAAAGGAUGCUUGCCAAGAGUGAGAAGAUAAUGAACUACCAGGCCCAUGGAAAAGACAUCGGACUGUUGGGUAUGUUCUCUUGAAUUCAUGCUGACCAGCUCUGGCGCCAUCCAACAACGUGUACCAGGUGCCAUGGCAACACCUCUGGUAGACGUCAUCGAGGAUGAACUCGACGUAUUCUUCGUCAGCCCGAAGUCGGCGAUCUUGAAAUGCAAAGUGGGAUCUGUUGUGUACAGGAUGUUGCCAGGUUUGAGAUCGCGAUGAAUCAAAUUCUCUUUGUGAAGGAAUAUUAAACCAUCGAUAAUCUGUUUGGUAAUUUGCAUACUUGUCGCCGGAUUCGAUUUUAGAACUUUAUUUACAUCGUCGUUUGUGACAAACUCGUUGAGAUCACCGUCCAUAAGAUCAAGACAGAGGUACUGAAAGUUCUUUUCUUCAACAGUUUCGUGGCAUUUGAUGAUAUUCUCACACUUGCCAGAUAUAGAAAGCAAGGUCGUAAUUUCUCGUUUGAUCUCUUUGGGGUUCAUCUUUGCUUUCUCUAUUCGUUUCAAGGCGUAAGCUCGACAUUCGAUUGUCCCAGAUCCGCUGUCAACGUUCUCGUCUUUAAUUGCUAGAAAGAUUGAACUGAAUCCGCCAGAUCCAAUCAAGUCUUGAUUGGAAUAACGGUACUUUCCUACGACAGUGACCUCGGUAGCAGGAGCAGUAGUUAAACGCUUUGCGUUGUUCAAAUGACGCGUCGGACACGAUCGGAGCUUCCGUACUUGGUUGCGAAUACGUAAAUUUAACAUUCGUUCGGAAAUAGAUGGAGAUAAUGUCGAAGGUGAAGGUGAAGAGGAAAUGUUCCUUUUAUCACGUUUUCCAUUAGCUCCGUGCUUAAUUAGCAAAUCGGCGCAUUUCUGGUAAAGCGAUGGUCGUUUGUCGUGAUGCUUGUGGGCAAUGUCUAGAGGGGUACGUCCCUCUGAAUCAACUGUGUUUACAUCGACGCCGUGUUCCAGAAGUAUUGCCACGCUCUGACAUAUCUCGGUUUCUCUAAUUAUCGUGUGUUUGUUGUCAUCGCCCACGUCAAGUAGCACGUGGAGAAAACUUUGGCCUUUCUUGUUUUGUCGUUUCAUAUCACUUGUUGUUGCAUUGCGUAGCAUUUCACUUAAUAAUUUUACCAAAGAUGAGCACAGCUCAACCACAGUUGUGCCGAAAAGAAAAUAUGCCAUUCUGCUUAAAUCAUACGAUCCAAUUCGUAUAGCGAUCAGCACUAUAUCGAUUGGGACGUUGCCCUUUAUGUCAGGAAUCCAAACCGUUUCCAUGGCAUCUUUGUUUUGUGAAACUAUGCUCUUUAGGUUUUUCAGUAGUUGUACAGCUUUUUGAACAGAUCUGGUACUGGUUGUUUUCACAAAAGCCUGAUUCGCCAGUUCUGCAGUCGCAGAGGUUUGAGCAAACGCAAGAUCGGCCGAUAUUUUCAAGAUAAAGAAAACUGGUGAUUCAUCGCGAUCAUUUCUUGCCCGACAAACAGCACCAUUCUGAAGAAAUAUCUUGAACAGUUCAGGAGUAUGAGCGUAAUGAAGUGGAACAUCGCCAGAGUCGUUUGUAACUCUCAAGCUUGCACCAAACUUUAGUAAUUUUUUGCAAAUUUUCUUUUCAACGGAUUCGUGUUCCGCUGUACUUGUAGACAGUGCGUAUUCAUGUAGCACCGUGUUGCCAUUCUUGUCUUGUGCCUUUGCCAACACAGCAGUGUAUGUCGGUGAUAAUUCUUGGGAAAGUAUUUCUAAUAGCUCGACUCUGUCCUGAAUGAACCAUUUUGUUUUAGCAAGGCGUUCAUUCUUAAACACCGGUGCACCAUUAGCGACGUUUUCUGCUUCAAAUCUACCAAAAAUAAUAUGCAGAAAUGUUUGCCCAUCGUUGUUGGCUGCUAGUGGAUCAACACCAGCUUGCAACAAAUAUUUCACUAAAGUGUCACAGUCAAAAGUGAUACCAGGUAGGGCCGCAAUGAGGUGUAAUGGUGUAUUACCGUUUGCGUCCUUGCAACUGCUCAAGUCAGCGAAGUUAUCUUCCAUUAUCUCACAACAUUUAAUCAAAAUCAUCUCUCGAUAUUCUGCGACGGAGAUGCUCGCUGUUGCUACGUACAAGUAUGUGCUGUUAAAUUCUUUAUAAACAUGGUCUUCGUUCUCACUAUCAUCAGAGUUGCUGUCGUCAUAGACAUCGUUGCUAUCCUCAAUACAUAUGUUAUUUUUGCCUUGCACACCGGGUAUUCCUCUUAUGAAUUGCAACCAUCCGCGACCGGUUUGAUUACCGAAACCAAAAAAAUCCAUGGGUCGAUGGCCAGUUUUCUCCUCGAAAUUUAUGCUUAAGUUGCGAUAGUCGAUCUCAUCCUCAUCAUACACGAUAUUGUAUAGCAACUCUUCUGUAACCUCUUUGAGAAAUAGUUUUAUUGACUCCAUUGUGUUGUCACAAAUAGCCACGAAUGGCCGGUGAGAAAAUGAAAGCGCCAAUCGCUUUUCUCACCGACUCUCGUCGUUUAAUAUCGUCAGUAUUUGUGACUUACUCUACGAUGUGUCAGUAAAAUGAUAUAUGAUUUUCAAUCACCUUUUUAAGACAUAUUGUUCGACUUUUAAACGCGAUCUGUUUUGUUAUGAUUCUACUUUGUACAUAUCCUGUUUCCGGUGAAAAGCAUUCGUUUUCUUGGAAUCAAACAAUAGCAGCUGUGAUAGCAGGCGCUAAGUAAACAACUGCCACCUGAAGAUUUUUCCUUGAAAAGAGGAAUUUUACAUAGUUUUAAAAGGUAAAUUGUGAGUUUACAGGAUUUUGUUUAGAGAUUUGAACGAUCUUAGUUUGAUUUAUUGUGAUGUUUAGAAACCAAUUAGAUUAAUAGCUUGAAAAUCGUACGUUUUCCGAAUAAUUGAUUUGUGAACCGAUAUGUGAAAUUAAUAUUAAGUGUGAAGCGAGUUAGGGAAUUUUGGAAAAUUUCUGAGGAAAUUUCAAGCUGUUGCCAAGGAAUUUGUAAUAGUUGUGGUUGCCUUGCACUAUUGCGUAAUGAGCUCCCAAAGUUAUUGCAUUAUGUUUAUCAUGUGAAAUUAGUGUUGUUUUCAGAGCCUUCUUCAAGCCAUGAUGACACUAUAUUGUUUUUGUACUAUACAAUUGUACCAUUCACCUGUAUUAAGCCAUAGAAUGAGCUAAUACUUAUUCAAUUCAAAAAUGUGGUAUAUUUGAAAAUAAUUAAAUAAUUUUGAAUAUUAUAUUGGCCUGGUUAAAGCUUUGCCUUAAAAAUUCCUUAUUUCACUGAAACAUUUUUUGUUUUUUUGUUGGAUCAAUAGGCAAUUUCAGCUUUUAAUUUAUGCCUACAGUGGAUGAUGGGAAGUAAGGUAUCGUAGUGCUGAUUAUGCUGAAACAUUUCAAUAAAAACUACCGAAACAACCGAAAUAUCUCAAUAUUUACAAGUAUAAGCUAUCACUCCGUGUUUACCCAGCCACCAUUUUUAUUUUUUCAGCAUAAUAGACUAUGUGCAUGAUACCUUACUUCCCAUCGUCCCCUGCACGCAUAAGCUAAAAGCUGGAAUUACUUAUACGGAAACAGCGUAUAAUUAUUCGUAUGUAUACUAUUGAACAUGCAAUGAUUGUAGGAACCAAUAUGAUCUACCAAAUAGCAUGCGCAGUAAUCACUCUAUGAAUUUGACCAGUAAAUUCGACCAGUGGCGUGCUGGGUACUAUUUUUCUGGGGGGGGGCAGUGGGCUGUCAACAAAUAUGCGCCCCUAUAAUGUUUCGCCUGAUAAACGAGGGCCGAAGGCACGAGCCGAGCGCCGCAGGUGCGAGGUUUGUCUAGGGGGGUCCGGGGGCAUGCCCCCCCCCCCAGGAAAAUUUUUGAAUUUAGAGUCUCUGUAAUGCCGUUUCCUGGACUUUGGGGGAAAGAUUUGACAGAAAUCUGAUGGUCAGGAAACGGCAUUAUAACGUGUCGAAAUUUGCAAUUUGGUUUGAAUUUAGUAGUAGUACUUAUAUUAUGCAAUGCUAACAACUUCCAGCGGUUAAUCUAACCCCAAUUCUAUUCUCUACUGAUCCAGUGAUCUGAAUACAAUUACAACAUACAGCUUAUUUAUACAAUAACACACGGACCCAACGCAUAUGCAUUUUAAGGUUUCCCUGCCUGGCUGCCAAAAGGGCGCGUUUCAGCAUUAUCUCAUUACUCACACUACUCCAUGUUUCUGGCGCAAACAACUAAAUUGCGUACACAACUUUACAUUAUCAUAACUUAAACUAUCCAAUUUGCGCCGCUCUUGUGAUUCGUGAAGCAUAGUAAAGGGCAUAAUACGAGCAAAAAAGAGCAUAAUUCCCGUGAUCGCUUCGAAACCUGACCAAUAUUCCGGUGAUGAGACAUUGCGUGCGAUCACAGUUCAUGUUUCUAUAUGAACGAUUUCGUGUGAGUCGUGAGGUAGCAAAUUAGCAAAUACGGUUAGACAAAAUAGUCUGUAUAAUUUAAUAUAUCACUUUGUCGCCUAUGCACUUGGUCUGCUUUAUAAGCCUAUAAACACAUCUUUUCUCGGCGGAAGGAACCAUAUUUUUUCGAAUGCUUUUUUUCCCACCCACUUUCAAAACACGGCGCGGGAUCGGCGCCCUCUUUUCAUUUUUGCGCCCUGCACGAAUUGCCAGCUGGGGGGGCCGUGGCCCCCCGGCCCCCCCCUGCCAGCACGCCACUGAAUUCGACACUGACUUGUCUUCUGUUCGCUUAUCCCAUGUUGAAUUUAUGGAAAUGCAACAUUUGCUUUUUGCUUUCCCGUGGAUUUUUGGCUUUGCAUUAUGAUGACAAAAUUAAAAAUUGUCAGAUUAAAGUUGUAUGUUAGUAAACAUGUUGAAGUGUUGGACGAUGCUGAGCAAUAGGGGGAGGUUCAGAUUUGACUACCGCUACCACUAACUGUUUGUGGCUUAGUACGUAUCUGAUUGGUUAAUCGGAUAUAUCAAACGCAUCUGAUUGGUUAAUGGUCCCUUCAUGGUAGCAGUAGUGGAAGUCUGGACAUCUCUUGCUGAUUGAGAAACAUUACAUAAAAAAAUUAUGAUUAUACUCCUUAGUUUUGAGCGCCUGUACGUAACAUACAAUAAAAUACCCUCUUCAUACAUUGUUUUCAAAAUUUUUACCAAGAUCACUAUUAAAAUUAUAUUUUUCAUAUCUACUUCUCUAGGUGGCCAGAAAGACCUCACCUACAACGUGGCGUGUAUUCAACUCUUUUCAGCGAACGCAAUGGAUGUAUUCAUCAAAUUAACACAGAAGAUUAACGAAUUCUUGCAGAGACCUUGGCUCCAGGGGCAGCCAUUUACAAGCGGACAUUGUUACUAUGUCGUCUCAAUAGUACUACCGUUGCUAGCAUGUGUCAAUCGACUGCUGGCAGGUAAGUUUGUGGGCGCGGUUUCGGUGAACAGUCAACACGACCAUUUGAUUGGUUAAUCGGGUAGGUUAAGUGCAUCUGAUUGGUUAAUUAGCCUUUCUUACGAUGACAAUAUCCGCCAUUUUUGGGUGGCAUCUAAUUCUUGUUAACCAAUGCAGACAAUUAAAACAAUGUGAAAAGCAAUUUUUCAAAAUAAACUAACCAUUUACAAAGCAAAUUUACCAUCAUUCGUCAAAAAAAUUAUAAAAAGUCGCUGUUAUGUGGAUUUAUCUCGCAGACCAUACACCAGCCUUGGACUACAGGUGAUAUUCCUUGCUGCAUUUGUACAGAUCAUCUGUCCCCAAAAUAACGGGAACCAUCGAGUCAAUUUAAGUUUUGUUCGUUUUGUAGAAUUAUUAUCAACCAGUGUGUACCAGUUCAAAGACACCCGCCUGUUGACAGAACUUAUGGCCCUCUACAGUGUCAUGUGUUCCGUGUCAGGGUCGCUUUCCUCCAUCGCACAAAAAAUACAGAAUGAAAUAGUCGACGUACUUAUGGCCUUCACUCGACCAGUCCUGCAGACUACGGACACUGAAGAAGCGAUUAAUAACAGUGUUUGGUUAUUGAUGUUGAAAGAGUUAUUGCAGUGUACAAUGUCUCGGCCCCAGUUCUUCCUCGGCGGUCUGUCACUUCUCUCAGAACUUCUGCCCAUUCCUCUUCCGAUUAACACUCUAGAGGUAAGAGAAAUUGAAUCAAAGCAACUAGGUCCAAACCAUAUUGAUGUUACAGUUUCUUAUAACAACAUUGGUGUAGUGCACUUAUCGUGAUAAAGGUGACCUGAACCAGGCUAAAGAUUAUUACCAGCGAGUACUGGCAAUUCGAGAAAAGCCAGGCAAACAAUGUUGAUAUUGCAGUUUGUUUUUUACUGUAACUCUCCUUUGUUUAUAUUCAUUUCAGCAUAUUUUCAAACUAUUUUUAGUCAUUCAAGGAUCUUUCUGCGGAAAUAAGUAUAAAAUUUGCCGAAAUUGGACGAGCCGCCGGGGCGAGUUUCCAAACAUCACGAGAACUAUUAAUCCCUAAUUGUACGAGCAACAUCGCAUGAUUACUUGUUUAGCAUGACAAAAUUGGAUACUUCUCAAUGUCAACAUCAUAUUCUCUCGCCAAAGCGCAGUCCUGCCAGACUUUGAACGAAAAUUUGGUGCUUUUGUUCGUAUUUUCAUUUAGUUCUUUUGUUGAAGCAAAAUUUGGUGCUUUUGUUCGUAUUUUCAUCUAGUUUCUCUACGGCAAUUUCAUUUCACAUUUGUGUUUAAAAUAUCUUUCCGCCAUUUUAUUUGUUUAGAGAAAAUCAUUAAUUGUACUGCAGUACAAUUAAUGAAAUAAUUGUACUGCUCUCAACCAAUCAGCAUCCAGUAAUUUUGUCAUGCUAAUAAUAAAUAUAUUAAAACUUGAGCUGGCGCCACCUAAAAUCCCUCGCCCCCCACUUAAUUGAUAUAUUUAGAUCUUUUUAUAUCAUGGAUGUACAUUCUUUGUUGCAAAUCAGUAUUCGUUUUGUAGGAUUUACCGGAAGACGAGGUGGAAAAACUGAUCAAACAUCGCUUGCUCUGGAGUGCUCAUUUAAAUCCUCUUACUUCAACCAUUCAAGGAAUGCUGAAAGAUUUAUCUGGUAAGUAAUCGAUAAUAUCUCAUUGGUAGCUCCCAUAGACGUCAUAUUUUUAAAAUGGUGUAGAAUAGAACGCCUCUUCGCAGGGAUCCCGAAAUUGCAGUUGAGCCAAGUUGACCAACUUCCUGACCAACUGCAACUUUUCUGGGAUAGGAGGACCCUUUGAUGAUCGCACCGUCGGAUUUUUGUUGUACAUCGUUUAGUUUGCAUGUAUGUAUAUCAAUUUCGUGUCUUCUCAGGUUCGUGUUGUCACAGUCUACAACUGGUAUUAAGAAGAGUGUGUUGUCAGUUGGCUGAUAUUUCUGCGUCAAUGGCAUUGACUGUCGUCAGGUAAGAGAUAUUAGAGACCUUGCGAUUUUAGGACGGCAACGCGACGGCCAAAACAAACUCCUUGAAAUAAAUGGUAGAAAAGAUAG